AUGGAGUCACAAGUGCGUAUGAACUAUUCACAGGAGGUCGAAGCGGCUGUCAAUAAGCAGAUCAACAUUGAAUUGUACGCUUCCUAUGUCUAUCUUUCAAUGUCAGUGUACUUCGAGCGUGAUGAUGUGGCGUUGCCAAACAUUGCCAAAUGGUUCCGCAAACAAUCGGAUGAGGAACGUGAGCAUGCCAUCAAGUUGAUGCACUUCCAAAAUCUUCGAGGUGGACGAGUUGUGAUGCAAGCAGUGAAUAAGCCCGAGAAGGACGAAUGGGGAUGCGCUUUGGAGGCUUUCCAGGCUGCCCUAGCUCUUGAGAAAUUCAACAAUCAAUCGCUUCUGGAUCUUCACAGUAAGGCAAGCGCAAGCAAUGAUCCACACAUGAGUGACUUCUUGGAGUCGAAAUUCUUGGACGAACAGGUGGAAUCGAUUUCGCAAAUUGCCAAGAUGGUCACGAACCUCAAACGACUUGGGUCCGGCAUGGGCGAGUACGUGUUCGACAAGGAGCAUUUUGAUCACUAG